AUGGACAUUAGAACAAGACAAGGGCUACUCAAUGCAAUGGCUGGAAAAGUGGGGAAAAGAAUGGAUGCUCUUUUGAUUCCUAUCGAGUUAUUAUCCUGUGUUUCUCGAACCGAAUUUUCUGACAAAAAAGCUUACAUAAGAUGGCAAAAGAGACAAUUGAAUAUGUUGGAGGAAGGACUUGUGAAUCACCCAGUUGUGGGAUUUGGAGAAUCUGGUCGCAAAGCAAGUGAAAUAAGGAUUCUAUUGGCAAGAAUUGAAGAAUCUGAGUCAUUUGCACCUUCUGUGGGUGAACUUCAACGCAUAGAAUGUUUGAGAUCUCUAAGGGAGAUUCCCAUUGCACUUGCAGAGAGGCCAGCUCGUGGUGACUUAACUGGUGAAGUAUGUCAUUGGGCAUAUGGGUAUCAUUUGAAUGUCAGAUUAUAUGAGAAACUUCUUUCCAGCAUUUUUGAUGUUCUAGAUGAGGGGAAACUAACUGAGAGAACAACUUGGUUGGGAAUAUUUUACAUGUGCAUACCUACAGGAAUUGCCCUUGGUUAUGUUUAUGGUGGAUGGGUAAAUUUGGCAAGAGAACAGGAAAAGCAGGUGUUGCCGGUGCAACCUUGUGCCCCACAUGAAAUCGGCCACUGUUGGGUUGAUUUGUCAUCAGAACAAAAUGGAGAAGGAGGUGUAGUCAACGGAGGCAGCAACUCCGGUUGUUGUUCUGUCUUUUCCGGUGGAUAG